CCUGCGGGGUCACCCACCAAUGAGGUUCGUUCCCCCACCAUACUUGGAUCAGACUGGUGGAGGGAGCGCAGAGCCACUAACCCAUGGUCUAGGAAUGAAGGGAAACUUGGAAGGUGAAGUAGGAGCGACAGGAGGAGACAAGCUAUAGAAGGUCAAGGACUGGAGCAGAAGUCAGGUGUGAACGCCCACCGGCCGAGUUUACUCGAAUGACCUUGCUUCCCAAUGGCUUUGCCCACUCCCUCUGCGUUGGGACCCGAGACCCACCGGGCUUUUGGACGAGAGGUACCACAUGCUCUACUCCAACAUCUAUUGAACAUGCAAACAUCCAGGUCAAGAGUUAUAAUGAGAACUCCAGGGAGCGUUAUAUUUGUAACUCUGGUUUCAAGCGUAAAGCUGGUACGUCCAGCCUGACUAAAUGCCUGCGUAACGAGGACACAAAUAUUACCCAGUGGACCAUUCCCACUCUCAUAUGCAUCAGAGACCCCUCCCUGACCCGCCAAAGGCCAUCCUCCACAGUAGCUCCAGCAGGGGUGACCCCAGAGCCAGAGACCCCCUCCCCUUCUGGAAAAGAGCCAGCUUUCAUUUCCAAGCCAGACACCACAGUGGCCACAAAGCCAGCUGUGGUUCCGGGCUCCAGGCUGACAUCCAAAUCUCCUGCAGGAACCACAGGGGUAGUCAGGAGUGAGCCCUCCCAAGCCCCACCUCAGACAACUGCAAAGUCCUUGGAACACACUCCCUCCACCUCCCUCGAGAAGCCAGGUGCACAUUCAUCCAAUUUCACAGCUGUCACUGUGGCAACCAUCUCCACACCUGUCACUGUGCUUUGUGGAGCAUGUGUGGUAUUACUUCUGAUAUGUUACCAUAAAAAAUCAAGGCAAACUUCCCAAACACCCAGUGAUCAAGUGGAAAAUAUGGAAGAUAUCCCAAUGACUGGAGGAAACAAUGGCAGAGAGGAGGAUACAGAAAACUACCACACAGUCUAGGAAACUCCAAGGAAAACCCGGGCCAGCAAGGGCUACAGCGAAGGCACCAACUCUGCUCUGGCCAGAGGGGACCUAGAAAAGACUCAAGGAGUUGGGCGCCAGGGAGAAGCCACCAAGAUGUGCCCACUCUCGGCACUGUCUGCAUCAGUAGGUUCUCCAGGCUUAGGAUGGAAGCUCGAUGCCUGCCCUGCCUCAGAGAUGGCGCCAAGUUCCCAGAGUCCCAGCCAUUGAAGGCCUCAGGUCUUCCUAUCAGAGCUUUUAUUUCAUUAUGAUAUUUACUCAGGAUAACUUAUCAGCUUGACUCUUCCAUCCCUCCUCCUGACUGGCAGUUUACAAAGAAAAGAAAUAUAUCUGAGACUCUAAGUGAAUUUAGUAGGCUCCUCCUGGCUUGAGAGGUGUCUAUAAGGAUGACAUUAUCAUUUCAGCUCCUAAAACUCUCUCCAGUUAGGUGCUCUGCUUACACUGAAACGGAGCAAAGAGAUAUUGUGCCCAGUGAAUUCUCUUAAUUUAAGGAUUCAGAAAGAAAACUGAAUUCAGUGACGUUUUCCAUAUAAAUACAUGUAUAUUUAUACUUUGUUUAUUAUCCUACUAGUAGCCUUGCACAUGAAUCCGUGUGCCAAUAGCUCUCUGCGGGGCCUAGCCACUCCGCACCUGCUUCCCAGAGGCUCUCUGUGGCCCAGAGGCCCGUCCGUGGCCCAGAGGCCCAUCUGUUUUAUCUGUGUUAUACAGUCUUGGUUCUGGCAUUUGCAUGCUUGGUGUAGCAGGAACGAGAAGAAAACACCCAUUCAUUUGUGAAGUGCCCAGAGUGGCUGUGCCUCCAUGAGCCAUGUCUUUUGGAUUUCCCCAAGUGGUGUUCUGCACCUCUUCUUGGGCCUCCAGCUUGCAUAC